AUGACUAAGACAGAUUACAAGUUGAUCGCUAAAUCUUAUCUUAUCUCGUCAACUGGCCUUUUCAUUUCUUCCACAACAAUGCUCAUUUUCUCUGUAUUCAAGACCCUGACUGACCAGCAGGUUACCGUCGAGCUCAAGAAUGACCUCUCGAUAACCGGCGUACUCAAAUCUGUUGACCAGUUUUUAAACAUUCGUUUGGAUAAUAUCCAGGUCUUGGAUCCAGCCAGGCAUCCACACAUGAUGGCAGUGAAAAACUGUUUUAUUCGUGGCUCCGUCGUUCGUUAUGUGCAGCUGCCUGGGGAAAAUGUUGAUACUCAACUGCUCGAGGAUGCAACGCGACGAGAGGCUCAGGCACAAGCCAAGCGGUAG